AUGUCAAAACAUGCGGACAGUUUUUUGAGCCACUGUAUCACAUACACCGCCCAUGACAGCACCGGGGUUACUCGCUUCACUGGUGUUCAGCACGAGGUUAAUCAUACCAGCGAAACCCAGCUGCAAGGCUGGAAGGACGUGAUACACGAGAUGUGUACCGUGUACAAUGAAUGUAUGGUUGGUGCCACAGCAGGUGUUGCAGACCCAAGGGAGCUUGUCACCAAGGUGAAGGGCAUGUUGACAGAUCAUGCUGAGGAUCAGAAAAAACUUGUCCACCUCUUCAGAGAAUGGAAGGAACUUCACAUCAAGAUUGGCCAGGAGCAAUUUUCUGCCCUUACCCUACCUGAAAAGGAGUCUGUAGAUUUCUUUGUAUGGGCAGGAUACUGCAUGCAUAAGGACCUGAAUGCUGUCAAGGGUGGAAAUACUUGCAUGCAAGCUUGGUGGGGACGUAAUGGUGUUGAUGGACUGGUUCUGUUGAUGAACCGUGAUAAUGCAGCAGCUGCAUCUGGGGGGCCCUCCACUGCACAGGCACGUGCAGUGCAUGUUUCCCAAGGGGGGGCUGCAAAAGCACUCGCACUCGCAGGUUCUGUCUUCCGUCAUAAAGACAACAAGAAGGGUCAACAAGAUUCUCUUCGAUUUUUCCUUGAGGCACAACUCAGUUACUUCUCGCCUUGGCCCGACACAAGCAACACCCGCUACCACAGUAAUUGUGAUGGAGCCAGCGAGUGGCUCAUACAUGAAAACUUGUAUGUUGUCUACCUCAAGAUCAUCAUGGACAGGAAGGAUGCUCGCAUGCACACAAACAUCAAGCAAAAUGAGAUGGUAUGUUUCAGCAUGUGGGGACAGUGCAUCAGCCACCCGUAUUUUCGCACUGUCCGUAACUCCUCAGGAAACAUCCUUGACCUUGGUCCUCUCCACAAUUGGCUCAUCACCCACAUCAAAAAGCUUAUCGAUAACAUUGAGCUUGUCUUCAGCAUGGACGCCACUUAUGAGACUGCCACAUUUGAUGGAAAACCAUUCGAGCGGCCGGAAUCAGUUUACAUCAUUUAG